AUGUCUGGCUUGAUGGAUCUGACAUGUAACAACCUCACAUUUCCGGUGGAUAUACGCCUACUGGCUGUUUCUACCGCUACGAUCCAGAUGGAAGUCUGCAUACAAUUGAAGAAGGAAUUGGCUGGCUCUGAAUACUCCAUCCCUUCUAAUUCCAUCAAUGACGGAUCAAUAAAAACCACCAAGUCCACACCUGGCAGUGAGGUAUCCAAAUCCAGACCCAGCCCAUUAUCCAUAAAUCCUCCCACUGAAUCUCCUUCCCAGCCCGUAAACGAGGGCAAUGAAGCCGAUUCAGGAAUCUCCGACCCUGAAAAGACCGGGUCGUGGGGACUGGAGACACGGCCUGCAGAGGACGUGUCGAUCGGGUUGGAUGGAGACGAAGUGGAUUUGGAUAACUUGCGCCAUCGAUUGCGACAGGUUAGGGGAGGAAGACCAGGCAUGGCCCAGUUCGGUGACUUUAUCAGACAGCAUCUGGUCUUCUGCUGCGGUCCAUUCGCGCGGAUAACAUAUCAUGCUUAUGAGAUGGCUGUACAGUCCCAUUUGAUGCUCAAGUAGGCUAUCUUUAUUACCUACCAUGUUGCGAUUACAAAAAAGUGCCUCUCUCCCAAUUCCAUUAUCUAAAUACAUACAUUCAGGUUUUGUCAGGGCAAUUAUACUGACACAACGGCAAUCAUGAUUGCUCAAGUAUUGCUAUGAUGUAGAUAUGAGGCUACAGAUAAUCAUACGGAGUUCUUGAUGGUCCAGACACAUAUAGUGUUG